CGUUAUUAUUAGUUUUGUUAAAAAGUUGUGGUCGCGUGUUUCAGUGAACAAAUGCGGGAGACGCCAACACGUAUGUCUGCGCGUGUCUGUUUGAAGUUCGCUUCACAUUUUAAGGAGUGUCCAUCAUGGAGUUGAAUGGCGUGAAGGAGGCAGCACUUUUGUCAUGGAUCAACAGUGUCUGUCCUGAGGAGCCCAUUAACAAAAUCACCCAGAUGAUGGACGGCCAUCGACUCCUUGAGCUUGCCGACAGACUACGAGAGAACGAGUCCGGUGAAGAUUUAUCGGUGUCCCCAGCUGCUGAUGUGAUGGAAAUGCUCUUCAGUGUACUGCAGAACGACUUUAAGUUCAGCCCGAGACAGGCAUCCCUCAUGUUCCAGAAGAUCAGUCAGGGAGUCGAGCUGGAGCUUCAGAUCGCAAAGGUGGUUCUUGUGCUGUGUUACUGCAGUUUUAAAAGGCACAACAUGGUACCUUUGGACAUCAAGACAGGGUUGAUGAUCUCAUCCAUGUUUCAUUUUGUUGAAGAGGAUGCUGAUGGUGUUUGUUUAGUCGAUGACCUAAAUAAGUUCCUCACCAAAGCCUCUGUCAUGACCUUCUCCACCUCCAGCAGUGGGAGCAGCUGCGGUUCGCCUUCAUACAGCAACGACGAGUCUCCCUUCACCAGCCACUUCCACAAACCCAGACCUCAGUGUCUAGAGCUGGUCACGGUAGCCGGCGGCUCGGACAGCUCUCCGGUACCGAAUAAAGUGAGCACGCCACAAUUGUUGAAGAGACUCCGGAACCAAUUGGCACAUGGGGCAGAUGUGAGAGACGAGCUGGCCAAUCAGAUCAACGUCAUCUCAGAAAAAGAGGGUCUGAUAGUCCAGCUGAAGCACAGGGUGGACCGAAUGCUGAGAGAGCAACGAGAGCUGGAGAGAGGUCAUAAAGCUGCUCUUCUGGGGCUACAGGAGAAGAACGAGAGUCUUCUCCGCAGAGUGCAUGAGGUCUUGGGGAAGUGCCGAGAGAUAAAAACUGAAAAUUAUCAGAAAGACAAGAGAAUUUAUAAACUAACAGAUGAGAACCGAACUUUCGCUGCUCAGGCACGAAACGCCUUCGCUCAGCUGGCGAGAGCCGAGGAGGAAGUUACAAAACUCACGUCGGCUCAUGAAUCGUCACUGGCUGAGUGGAGGAGCAGAAAGGAGUUUCUCGAGCACGAGUUGAACGAGGCCGUUACACACAGGGAGUGUCUGAGUGAGCAAGUGCAGAUCCUUCAGGGAAAGAUCUCCGUUCUGGAGGAUGAACUCCUGAAAGCUCAGUCUCAGGAGAGAGGAGAGGUUUUGGGACCCAUCAUGGAGGUUUUGACUAAAAUCGGAAGCCUCCAAACUCACAUUCUGGAACUGUCCGAGCAGAUUUCCCUAAAAGAUGAAGAAAUCAGAAAUCUGAGGAACGAGAAAGACUCUGACCACGAGCAGAAGCUUGUGAAGGAAAAAAAUAUUGAAAUAAACGAAUUGAUCAAAUCAAAUCGCAAAGAGCAUGAGGAGACGGUUAAAAAACUUCAGCAAGAGCUUCACUCGGCUUCUUCUGCCGCAUCAGAAAAACAAGAGGAAAUGCUGGUGCUGUCAGCGGAGGUAACCUCUCUGAAAGAGCAGAUCUGCCGUUACAGUGAAAAUGAAGAUCUGAAACAACAAGAAAUCUCUGUCUUAAAGACCAAACACAACGUGUUGCAGGACAACCAGACCUCUCUUAUGAACCAGCUGACUGAGGCGAAGGACUUGCUUUGCCUCCAAGAAAAAGCUCAGGAGUUUGAAAAGAUUGUGAGGGAACUUCAAGCUGAGAUCUCAACUCUUUCCUCGGAGAGGGACGCUCAAAUAAGUGCUCUUAAAACCGAGAUGAAGGACCGAGAGCUGAGAGCUGAUCAGCUUAGAGCUCGACUGGAGCUGAAGCUGGAGAAACAAAACGCCUCCAUUAUCGCUCUGAAAAAUCUUGCUGGACAAUGGGAGCUGCAGAAUGAGGAGCUCCUGGACAAGCUGAAGAUCGUAUUCAGACAAUUAAAGCGUUGCAGCAGUAAAAUCCAAGCUCUUCAGAUGGAACGAGACCAGGCCAAGGCUGAGGUGGACGCUGCUGAGAAGCGUCUGCACGAGUUGAGGAAGGUGAUCGACGACAAUGAGGACGUGAGAUGCAGAGAAAGUCUUAAAGUUCGGAAGAGGCCGGGAUUUCAUCUGCCUGCCCCGGACACACCUGAAGUGAAAAAAAUAAUAAUAUAG